AUUUUCGAGUAAAGAAAUUGAAAGAAUUGAGGGAGAGUGUAGAAAAUAUAUUUGGAUAUUACUUAAAUGAAGUAGUAAUUCCAGAACCUAAAAGUGACAUAAAUUCCGAAUAUGAAGAUGGUCAGUCAAGCGACGCAGAUUAUACUUCUUUAGAAGAUGACCAAAGUGAUCAGUUGCACAUAAGCUCAGAAAAUGAAGAUGUUCAGUCAGAUGAAGAUGAGACGGAGUAUAUUUCUUUAGAAGAUAACCUAUCAGAUUAUCUAUCAGAUUUAUAUGAUGAAUCCUAG